AUGAUAAAAUGGAGGAUUGGUGAUGGUAGUAAAAUCAAGGUUAUGUCCGAUCCUUGGUUGAGAGGUGUUGGUAAGGUGUGGGCAAAUGCACCGCAAAACAGGGACGCAUACAACAUUAGUGUGAAAGAUCUAAUGCUUAAUAGUGUUAAAAUAUGGGAUAAAUAUAAAAUUAAACACCUUUUCACACGGGAUGUUGCUAAGGCUAUUUUGGAAGUCCCUUUGUUGGAGGAAGUGGGUGAGGAUGGUUUGGUUUGGAAGGAGGAACAAAGUGGGAUAUAUAGUGUUAAAAUAGGAUACAAGAUUUUGAAGGGUGAGCUUAGGGAGAGGAAGGAUCUUAAUGUAGAGGGGGAAUGA